AUGUCGGAGCGCAAGCCCACAAGCCCCGAUGACCGCCGACGAGGCGACAUCGAUCAGCCUCUCGUUUCACGCUCGAAUAGAGACCGACAUAGAGAUCGAGACCAUCGCCGAUCGUCGUCUGCUCGCAGCGUCAGCAUCAGCGCGAGUUCGACUGCCAGCAACAGCACGGCCUCAAGUAGGAACCCCGCUCUGUCGCAAAAGCAUCCCAAUAAGAUUAGGCAGCCAGGUGUCGUCGUGACUGCCAUGUCGUCUUCGCCUGCCAUGCCAGGCUUGUCCAGCGCAUCGCCGUCACCGUCGAUCUCAUCUGUGGAUUCUAGACUCGGUACCGGUCUUGAAACGGCACAGGGAGAUAGCAGCACAGGUGGGAUCUACAUUUACGGUGACAUGACACCUUUGAUCACAACCGACAGCGACCAAGAGCCUACUCCAUCGCGCGCUUCGAUCUCGUCCUGGAACACGACCGCAGCAGCUUCUAUCUCAUCCGCGACGCCAUCAAUACCCAUGUCUCUAAUAGCCAGCACGGAGCAGCGCACAUACGCAUGCCUAUUCCACAUGCUGGACUGCCAUGAGUCCUUCGAUGACGGCGCAGAGUGGCGCACUCACGUCUUCAGCCACUUUCGCUCUCAUCCGACGCCGCCGUCAGCGCGGUGUCCGCUGUGUCCGAAUACUAAAUUCGUCGAUGGCAUCUUGGACCCCGUGUCAUCGCCUGCUCUCGAGGACGGCGAGUACGCCCGCUCUAUCGACGACACUCUUCAAGCUCCGUUGAAAGACUUCCCCUCCGCUUGGGAUCGUAUGCUCGACCACGUCGCUGCGAACCACUACUGUCUUGGCCAGACACUUGCUGGGAGUCGGCCUGAUUUUGAGCUUAUGCGGUAUCUUUAUGGAAUGCGGGUUAUCACGGAUGCGCAAUUUAAGGCUAUGCAGUUGCCACCUGCGCCGUCGAGUCCAGCUUAUCAUCGCUCGCAGGAUGGUGUGAGGGCUAGUAUUGGCUCUGCUGAUGAGCCGUACUGUGCGCCGUAUAGUAAGCGGCGGGAGGAGAGAAUGAGGGGGCAACACAGGGGUCUCGGAGUGUUGUAG